AAUUAAUAUCCAGAUUUUCAUUUUCAGUUAACAGCUGCCUGUUAUGAGCUACACGAUAUCUUUUUUAAAUUAACACCAAAAGAAAGGAUGGCCAUAAUCAGUCAGUCCAGAAAUUCUUCUAAAGAAAAGACAGAAAAAGAAAAGUCUUUCUGUAAUGUAUCAAAUACGGAAAGCAAAAAGCAGUUGUCCAGUGCCACACUAAAAGUGUUAGAAAGGAAGAAAAGAAAUAGUAAUGAUAAUUUUGAUGGAAGAAAGUCUUCAAAAUAUUACACAAAAGCCAUCAGAAGAGGAAAUGCAGUUUCCAACCGUCCAUCCAUUACACCUCCAGCCCAUAAAUAUACACAUCAGCCAUCACUCAAACAGGAACCUCAAAAAGUUUCUCGAAAGAGCACGGUGGUCGGAAAUCAUUCCUCGGCCCGUAAGAAGCUUUUGGAAAGCGCAAACACAAAGAAGUAAAUUUUUAUUUUGACAAAAUCAUUUUUGUACAAUUCUGCAGAAUAAGUCAUGUUGUUAAAUAUUUUGAAUGAUUUUUCAUGUUUUUUUUCUACUAGUUCAUAAAUGAAAGUUUUAUACAUUGAAAAGUUU